AUGCAGCGGUCUCGCCUUAAGCGGAAUCCCUCGGACCGGUACCAUAAGAAAGAGGAAGUUUACAGAGACGAGAGUGGUUGGAGGUUCUGUUUAAAUAAUGACAAUACGAUAUCCCGUUAUCCAGCUAUAAUCGGAAAAGGAAUACCUUCUAGGGGGCCUGAGGUGCUGUUGAUCCAAGACGCGGAAGUUUCGCUUCCUCAGGAGCCUGCUCGACCGUGGAAUACUAAAUCGAAGAAGACUUCCGGAGGAAACAAUAGACGCUGA